UUGCAAAACACAAACCCUGGAAACUCAGACAGUUGCCGGCUGUUUCCUGCAUAUUUAGCAUACCAGCAAUGGAUAAAUUAUGUUGUAAUGUUCCAAAAACUUCCUCUAAACCCAAGGUUUACAGGAUCCCUGCUCUUUUGUACAUUGAAGAAACGCUUCUGACCUUCGCCGAGCAGCGUGAAGAAAAAGCAGAUCAUACUGCAGAGCAGCUGGUUAUGAGGAAGGGAGCGCUCCGGAGGGAAAACAGUGUAACAGUUGAGUGGAGCGAGCAAACAGUGGUGAGAGAAGCGCACAUUAGUGGACACCGCACCAUGAACCCUUGCCCUGUGUUCGACAGAGCAAACAGAAAGCUGUUCUUGUUUUUCAUCUGCGUCGAAGGAAGCUGCACUGAGUGGUGGCAGAUAGGAAAUUACUGCAACAAAACCCGCCUCUGUUACAUAACGAGUGAGGAUCUUGGACAAACCUGGAGUGGACUGACUGAUUUGACUGAACAUCUAAGUAAGGAAUGGGUGACCUUUGCUGUUGGGCCAGGUCAUGGUCUUCAAGCAGAGAAUGGCAGACUAAUGGUUCCAGCUUAUGCUUAUGUUGGUGCAAAGCCUAUAAAACCUGUUCCACGUGCUGUGUCCCUCUAUAGUGAUGAUUCUGGUGAAAACUGGCAGUUUGGCUCCUUGCUAGAAGGAAAAUCAAUAGAGUGUCAAAUGGCUGAGGUUUCUGAUGGAAAAGGCAGAUUCAUUUAUUGCAAUGCUCGCAGCCAGGGAGGGCAUCGGGUGGAAGCUGUCAGUGACAGUAAGGGACAUGCGUUUACAGUAUAUAGCAAUAAAAAGCUUGUGGAAACAGGUUAUGGCUGUCAGGGAAGUGUGAUCUCCUUCCCAGCACAAACUGAAGCUGCAGCAGAUGGCGGUGAGAACCAGUGGCUGUUAUACACCCACCCAAGCCAUGCAAAGAAAAGAAUUAAUUUAGGUGUGUUCCUGAACACAUCACCAUCUGAUCCAAAUGCAUGGAGCGAUCCCAGGAUCCUUUACAAGGGACCCAGUGGUUACUCAGACCUGGCUUACCUCGGUGAUGGUUGGUUUGCUUGUCUGUUUGAAUGUGGGAAGGAAGAAGAAACUGAGCGGAUUGCUUUUAAAAUUUUUAACUUCAGUGAAAUUAAGGUCAACACACAAGAAAGUCGCACGUGCCCUUUGCAGCAGCCCACUGAGGCUAUAGGGAGUGAUGUAGUUACUGUCUUUAUAUAAUAAAAAAAGAAAUCCCAAGUCCCACUUGUAAAAACUGACCAUUCUAAAGAGUUGAUAUUAAAAAAUCUUUUAUGAGAAAUGAGUAUCAUAAUAUUUUUAUUUGUCCCCAGUUGUGCUGGACCAAACUAGUAAAGCAUGAGAACACAGUGGAAACAGUUUGAUUUCCCCAAAGUAAUGAACCCAAAACAAAUAUGGCCCCUAAAAGGAGGUCAGUGAAGAAACUAAACACAAGCUGUGAUAAUGAUUUAACGAAAACUUAUAGUUCAAACACAAAAAAAUAACCUUAUACGUGACAAGGAGGGGGAUUGAACACUGGCUGUUCAGACCACAUUAACACAGUCGGAAGGCGUACGAGUAACAUCCCACAAAUCUAAAAAAAGGAACCUAAAACAAAGCGUAAUAAUUCAUUUGAUUGACUGCCAAUCAAUAUCGUUAAACAAAUAAUAAUAAAUGGAAAAAGUGAGUCGAUGGCCCUCCCCCAUGAUGAAACUCUGCACCCAUUUCCUUCUGACCAAACAACUUGGUCAAACCCACAAAACAUCGCCUUCAAACGGUUCGGCUCUAAUAGGGAUACACUGGGAACAGAAGAGCAGAGCCAAACAAUAAUCACACUCCCUGGCUCCUUUCCAUGUUGCUCUUCAUUCUUUAUUUUCCUGAUUUUUGUCGCACUGAUUAAAUCAUCAAUGCUAACCGGGAGGAGGGGUUGGUUAAACCUCUGGCUAGUACACCCUAGCUGUUUUAUCACUGAAAAUAAAGGGUUAUAGUGAGUCUUUUAAAUAUGGGUUGACCUCCUAACAGUCAGCAUCUGGCUUUUUUCCCAUUUAGCAAAAAAGCCAGAUGCCGACCUUUAGCAGGUCAACCCAUGUUUGAAAUAAAGCAGAUAGGGUGUGCCAGCCAGAGUGAAUGGCUUAAACAACAGAACUUUACCAUAUGGGGACCAGUUGAAUGUCCACAACUG